CGCGCCGCGGGCAGUCUGAAUUCGGAUUCGGUGGCAAGGAUCUAGAAUCAGCUCUCAUACGCUUUUUUGCCUAGUAAUAGUGCCAAAAUAGCCACCCCCUCCCCCCACCAUCCCACUGAGCAAAUUUUGUGAGGAUGGCUCAGUUUGUGUGAAAAGUAUCAAGUGUUGGUGACUCGCUGAAAUCACUUUUUAAGCUGUUUUCUAGAACCGCCGGCUGAUAUCUGAUGGUAGUCUAUCAAAUUUUGAAAAACGAGAAAGGCGGAUGAUUUGGUUCAAAUCGCUUCUUACGUGAGCGCCUCUAAAAUGGACUUCCUGGGUCGAGACGCGACCAAUGAUCUCAAAAUCAGAAUCUCUCAAGCCAUGAAAAUACACUACUGGUUGGGGCUAUCAAAGUCCUUCCAUGCACGGAUUUUUUCUCAUUCCUGGGCCACCAAGACAAGCGUAUGCAAACAGGCCACAUCGCAUUUCCGACGCUUGCACAAACUAUGGGCUGCAAAAAAACACAGGCACGCCCAAUCCUUGGAACGCAAGAGACAGCUGAAACUAAAAACAUUGGCGGAAACGCUCUUCAAAGGCACAAAAAAGAGCUAUGAGGUGAGUGGAAAUGAAAAAUUUGCCGAAAACAGACUGCCAGCAGAACAAUCAAGACUCUUAAAAGUGACAUUCGUGCCUUUCAAUGUCUCCUCUAACGAAAAAAUUCAGUAUAUUACCCCAAUUACGAAAUUUGACAGGCAUGGCUACAAACGUCGGAAGAGGAUUUUGGUGGUAACGGAUAGGAAUCUAUACGUAGUUGCCGACGAAGGGAAAACCCUAAAAUUAAAACAAAAACUUCCUUUAAACUGCAUAGAAAAACUAGAAGUAACCUCGGAGAGAGAUAAUUUUCUGUUGAUACGAGUUCCUCUACAUCUGAAGAACCAAAAGGGUGACUUGGUGUUAGAAGUUCCUUUCCUAGUCGAGAUGAUUACCUGGAUAAUCAAAAUGAUCAAAAGACCGGAGAUACUUAAUAUUAACGCUCCAAACAGCCAACCGAUUUGCCACAAUCGGGUGGGAGAAAAACAAGGCUUAAUCAGUAUUACUAGAGGACUCAACGUUACUCCUGGAAUUAUGAAGGGAAAACAAGGCAAUCUCAUUAUUGUGGGUUGAUAUUUUGCCCGACAUCUAAACUGAGAAUGUUCGAAUCGAUUUCUCAAAAAUUUGUGUGGCGUGUCAACAGGUGGUGAGCAGUUCGGGCACUGGAAAGUUAAAAAAAACUUCCGUUGCUCUAGGUAUGUGAAUUGAAAAAAAAGGAGGAAAAGAAGGCAUUUACGACACAUGCAUACUGCUCUGAUGUUAUUGGGAGAGUCGAGGAGCUGGAGUACGAAGCGCAUAUAAGUGCAAUUUUUGCCAUUUCGAGAAAUAUGAUCUGUUUGAAAUUUAGAAAAUACAUGGAUCCUUAUUACGGCGGAGAGAAAGUUUAAACUGACUUUUUGAUGCUUAAAAAUUGGAAUUUGGGAGCGAAUUUUUCACAGAAUGUGCAUUAAGACUAUUUUUACUUGAAAUCGUUAAUUUUUUAAUGUUUUCAAAAACUGCGCACUCAUGCACCUUGUCCUCCAAGCUCCUCAAUUAAACUGACCACAUUUACCACCGCUAUAAGACCGAGUUUUCCAUAAGUUUUAUAAUGAAAUAAAUUAUUUCGUUGGAAAAUAAAUAUUUUGUCAUUUGCUUUUCA